AUGGUGGACGAGUCGACUCCGUUGCAUUCGGAUGUGCGAGUGGCCGAGAUGUAUCGCCAAAGGCGCAUUGCUAAGAUCGUGGCCUUAGGAACCUUGGUACUUGUGGUCGUCGUGGUGUUCGGCUUUGCUGCCACCACAAACCAGACGCCGUCGUUGGCUACAAUCACGGACGCUGACGAUACGACUACGACGUGUGGCACCGCAGCCAAUGAAGCGGGAUACAUCAAGCUACCCAACAAGCAGGACGACCAGUACUUUUAUUGGUUCUUUGAGUCUCGCAAUGCGCCCGCAACGGACCCGCUUAUCCUCUGGCUCAGUGGUGGUCCUGGAGUCUCUAGUCUCCUGACGCUAUUAACCGAGAACGGUCCGUGCUUCGUCAACGAAGACUUGUCCACUACGAUCAACCCCCAUUCGUGGAAUACUGAGGCCAAUGUCAUCUGGCUGGAUCAGCCCACCAGCGUCGGGUACUCGAUCGGCACUCCGGCGGACGUCGACAAUAAUGAGAACGACGUCCAGGAGAAUAUUUUUUGGUUCUUACAAGGUUUUAUGGACAAACACCCCGAGUUCAAAGACCGUUCGUUGUUCCUCGCUGGUGAGAGCUAUGCUGGUCAUUACGUCCCGGCCGCGGCACACAAUAUCUACCGGGAGAACAAGACGACCAAGAAGAGACGUUUGAAUCUUCAAGGUAUCGUUAUCGGCAACGGUCUGGUCAACACCGUCGUGCAGAGCGAGCACGGCUUGGACAUGGUCGACAACGCGUACAACGUGAAGUUGAUAGACGACGACACGCUGGCGAAGGCGAAGGUGGCAGAGAAACAAUGCACAGCGCUCGUGAGAGCGUGUCAAACCAACUCGAGCGUAUGCAUCGACGCUGGUGAGUUCUGUGAGGUUAAUGUAAUGGGCGCGUACAUUGGCGCGGGUCGCAACAUGAUGGAUAUCCGUCAGGAAUGCACUGAACUGGACCCGAUCUACUGUUACGGAGAUAUGGUCAAGCGAAUAACGGGCGUAUUUGAACUCGGACGCUCGUCAGCGGAUGUGGAGCUGGCGUUUGCUGCGGAUCUAAUGAAGACGUUCGAGCAGGACGUUGAGGCUUUGCUGCGUGACAGCUCCAUCCGAGUGUUGAUCUACCAUGGCGACGCCGAUCUGGUGUGCAAUUGGUACGGCGGACUGGCGUGGACGAGAGCGUUGACGUGGCCUCAUCAGACGGAGUUCCAGGAGACUGAAGAACACGCGUUUGAGGUCGAUGCGAGAGACGUCGGAAGCGUUUGGACGUACGCUAAGCGGUUGACGUUCCUGCGAGUGUUUAACGCUGGCCACAUGGCGCUCAUGGACCAACCGGAAGUGACACUGGAGAUGAUCAACCGGUUCCUGCGCAGUAAAGAGCUGUAG